CCUUCUUGGUGUACAAGAAAUAAGUACUUAUCACCACCAUACGUCCCUGCAAUUGCCUGCGGACUUCACAUUAUCUGAACUCCUCCGUUGUCUUGCCAAAAAAGAGACGUCUCAUUAGUUUCGUUGAAACGAGCCAGAAAGAUGUCUACAACUACUACGCUGGAGAAGACCGAGGUCAAGACUUCUACCCCAGACCCACAUCAAUACGACUUUAGCCGUCUCCAACCGUAUGUGCAUCCUCCCGAGACGAAAGCCGACCUCCCAUGGUCCGAACUGGUCACUCUCGAUCUCGAAGACUUCCACCAACCAGGCGGAAAGGAAAGACUGGCCAAGCAACUUGAGCAUGCUGUACACCACGUUGGAUUCUUCUACGUCAAGAACUAUGGUAUACCACAAGAGGAAGUCGAUCACCAAUUCACAUUGGCCAAGAACUUUUUCGAGCUUCCUACCGAAGAGAAAGAGAAGUAUGAAGUCAAUUACAGUAUAGCCGACUACAACGGCUGGCGUCGACUGGGCCUUCGCAGCCAGAACAACGUCAAGGACAACUACGAAAUGUACAACUUUGCCAAAUUCACAAAGGAUUUCGAGGGCAAGUACAAUCAUCCCGACCUGAUCAAGGCUCACCUAGCCGAGAUCGAGUCCUUCCACCGCGCGCUCCACGCCAAUGUGGUGCUGCCGUUGUUGCGCCUGUUCGCUAUUGUCCUUCAACUGCCCGACGAGGAAUAUCUCGUCAAGCAACACACAUACGAGAAGAAGAGCGAAGACCACUUCCGAUACAUGUUGUACCACCCGAGAACGGAAGAGGAAUGGAAGGCCAGUGGUUACGGCUCCACAGGCGGACACACCGAUCUGGGCACGGUGACGCUGCUAUUCCGCCAGCCCGUCGCUGGUCUGCAGAUCCUCGGUGAGGACGGCAACUGGACUUGGGUUUCUGCUCAGCCGGGCACCAUCACCGUGAACCUCGCAGAUACCAUCUCUCACUUGACCGGUGGAUGGCUGAAGAGUUCGGUUCAUCGUGUCGUUGCACCGCCUGAAGAUCAGCGCCAGUAUAAGCGGACUGGUCUGCUGUAUUUUGCUCGCCCACAUAAUGAGACUGUGUUGGUACCCAUCACCGACUCGCCGGUACUGCAGAAGGCUGGUGUCAAGCCUCGUUUCGAGAAAGAGGUCACCAUGGAAGAAUGGGUUAGAGCUAAGCAGACUUUGCAGUUGAAUCCGGAUAUUGCGGCGAAGAGGUAUGCCGAGAGAGGUGAUGGCACUGUCGAGGUUCUUGCCGGCUUCAGAGACCAAAAGUAUAAGGAGUAGGUAGACCAUGCAGCUGAUGCAUCCUGGCGAAGCUUUCACAUUGACGGCCAAUGACCCUGCGAUCUUUCGGAUGUUCUGUAGACCGUAGUACUAUCCAUCCCAGGCGCCAUGCACCCCUCAAGCUCGAACAGCAACCACAAAAAGCCGAGGAUACUUGAGACACACCUUUCCGUCAUAGAGUGGAUCAUACGCCUCCCUGAUCUUCGCCAGAUACAUGUCCAUGAACUCCUUCCGCUCGUUUUCGUCAAGCGGAUCAAUAUAAGGUCUAAGCCCA